AUGACUGAAUACGUCAAAGUUGAGAAGAUCGUCCCCAAGUUCCCGCCGCCGGCCUUCAGCGACAUCGCCAAGGCCUCCAACGACGUCAAGCUCAAGGCGCCCAACGGUGUCAACUUUACCGCCAAGGGCACAUCUGCUCACGAUGGCCCCGUCACCUCUUCUCUCGAAGGAAAGAAGUCGCUCUCCAACGGCAUCAGCAUCACCCAGUCAUGGAACACUGCCAACUUGCUUGCUACCAAGGUUGAGCUCAACGACACCUUUGCUAGCGGCUUGAAGACCGAGGUUCUCUCCAACUUCAACCCCGCCGCGGGUAACAAGGGCCAGAAGGUCAACCUUCACUUCAAGCAGCCCGCUUUCCACGGCCGCGCCUUUGUUGACUACUCGGCCGCUGGUGCCAUUGGCACCAUCGCUGAUGCCGUCGUUAGCCACGAGGGUAUGGUCGUCGGUGGAGAAGUUGGUUACGAUGUGCAGAAGGCUGCCAUCACCAAGUACUCGGCCGCCGUUGGAUACACGACUCCUCUUUACAACGCCGCUGUCACUGCUACCAACUCCCUGAGCGUUUUCACUGCUUCGUACUACCAGCGCGUCAACCCCGCUGUCGAGGCUGGUGCUCGCGCCGUCUGGGACUCAAAGUCUGGCAACAAUGUCGGUCUUGAAAUCGCGGCCAAGUACAAGCUUGACCCUGCGUCUUUCGCUAAGGCCAAGAUCAACAACCUCGGCAUUGCUUCCCUCGCCUACAACACCAAGGUCAACAGCGGCUUGACCUUUGGUAUUGGCGGCUCUUUCGAUACCCAGAAGCUGAACGAGGCCGGCCACAAGCUCGGCACCAGCUUCACCUUUGAGGGUUAAGCGUCUUGGUUAAAAGACAUUUGUGGAUAGCAACGAGUGUAGGAGAGGUUUUAGAUUCCCUUGAUUCUCGCCUCGCGGAUUCAUAAAUCUAGAAGAAAAGAAGACGUAUAUUAUUGUUGCUCCGGCAUAUACAAGAAUUGUCUCCAUGCAGGCUUUGAAGACUAGAUGGUUUC